AUGUGCUGGACACGAGGGGGAGCCGGGGUGGCGGAGGGACAACGGACGGCUCUCUGCGACGAUAAUACUAGGACCUCGAGAAGGGCCGACUUCGGUGGAACUACUUUAGAGCCCGAGCAAAGGCCGAAUAGGAUGGAUGCUGGCCUUGAUUCUUGCCCGGAGUGCUCCAUCCUCGAACCGGUCGUGGCGUGGCCCGAUCUGACCGCUGCGCCGGUUGGACGGAGCGGCCCCUGUGGCUAUAAUGCCCGCGUUAGCAUCGACUACAACCAGCCGACUUCGAACUGGGGAAACUCGCCAGUCGCAAGCUACUCCCCUGGCCAGGUUGUUGAUGUGCAGUGGUGUGUCGACCACAACGGUGACCAUGGCGGCAUGUUCAGUUACCGGAUCUGCCAGGACCAAAGCCUGGUAGACAAGUUCUUGGACCCAGAUUACCUCCCAACGGAGGCCGAGAAGCAAGCUGCCGAGGACUGCUUUGAGGCAGGCGGAUACAUUUCCGGAGGAUUUCCCGUUACGAAAAAGAUUCGCAUCCCCAACUACCAAUCCUCUCAUACGCUCCUAUCUUUCAAGUGGAAUUCCUACCAGACCGGCCAAAUCUACCUUUCUUGUGCCGAUAUCGCCAUAGGGGGCGGGUCCAACAGUGCUACCACGCUAUCAACCAGCACACGGUCGGCGACGGCAACACCCGGCGCGUCUUGUGCCGCCGCCGCUUCCGUGGCGGUCGCCUUCAGAACUCGGGUAACCACCAGUUGGGGUCAGACCGUCAAGAUUGUCGGCUCCAUCCCCGAGCUCGGCAACUGGGAUCCCUCCCUUGCGCCGACUUUAUCUGCCGCUGAGUAUACCACCUCCAAUCCAGUUUGGACCUCCACCAUCAAUCUGGCCGCCGGAACCAAGUUCGAGUACAAGUUCGUGAAGGUGACCGGCAACGAAGCGGUCACAUGGGAAAGCGAUCCUAACCGAUCAUACACCGUGGCGAGCGGCUGUGAUACGACUGCUGUAAGCGAGUCGUCGUGGCGGUAA